AAUUUUGACUCAAACAGGUAAAGAUAGACCUAUUAAGCUUCAAUCCUACAGUUUCUCUCCCCCUUGAUUUUUUUUUUUCUGUUAGAUCAUGCAAGCUCAACCUGCAAAAGAAGCUGCCGAUUCCAAAUCCAACGAAGAUAUCUUCGAUUCUUCUCUCAAUUUAGAAGAAACCCAUCUGGAGGAGGGCUAUAAAGAAGGGUUUAAUGAUGGUUUGGUCUUAGGACAGGAAGAAGGAAGAGAGGUUGGCCUUAAAGUUGGCUUCGAAGUUGGGGAGGAGGUAGGAUUUUAUCGCGGUUGCGUAGAUGUAUGGAACUCUGCAAUUCGAGUCGAUCCCAACCGCUUUACGCCUCAUGUUCAGAAGAACAUCAAGCAGAUUGAGGAAUUGAUUAAGUUAUACCCAAUUCUAGAUCCGGAGAACGAGAGUGUUCAGGAAAUUAUGGAUUCUUUAAGGGCCAAGUUUAAGGCUGUUUCGGCCUCCUUGGCGAAUUCGUUGUCGUCGUCGAUGAAAUUGGAAAAAAUGUUGAAGUUGAUGCUUGCUUGUUGCAAGGUCUACAUAUCCGAAAGCCGAAAUAAAGCAGUUCUGGAGUCAAUUGAAAGAGCUGCCAAGCUAUUUCCAGAAGCUUCUGUAAUCAACAAGUUCCAAGAUGAAGCUUACAACCGUGUUGGUUACACUCUUGUCUCCAAAUUAGAUCCACACCUGCCAUUGGACUCUGGUUCAUUGAGAGCACCCGUGGUUUCCAUGGUCAAAGCAGCUUUUGAAUCCAUUGAUCUUGAAUCACACUUAGGAAGUCAUCCUCGGCUUGGAGUUGUUGACCACAUCUGUUUCCACCCUUUGGGUCAAACUUCUUUGGACCAAGUGGCUCAGCUUGCAAAGGUUGUAGCGGCUUACAUUGGCACCGAACUACAAGUACCAACAUUUUUAUACGGGGCAGCCCAUAAAGAAGGGAGAAAGCUUGAUUCAAUCAGAAGAGAACUAGGUUAUUUCAAGCCUAACUCAGAGGGGAAUCAGUGGGCAGGGGGUCCUCUAUCCGAGUCUCUUCCAAUGAAUCCUGAUGAGGGUCCAUCACAAGCAGCUCGAGGCAAAGGCGUUGUGGUAAUUGGUGCAACCAGAUGGGUAGAUAAUUACAACGUCCCUGUCUUCUCCUCUGACAUCAAUGCUGUCCGUAGAAUUGCCAAACGGGUUAGUGCACGAGGUGGAGGGUUAGAAUCUGUGCAAGCUAUGGCACUUUCCCAUGGUGUUGACUUAAUUGAGGUUGCUUGUAAUUUAUUGGAACCAAACAGGGUUGGAGCUGAUGAAGUCCAGCUUGAAGUUGAGCGGCUUGCUAGGGAAGAAGGAAUGGCUGUAGGAAAGGGUUAUUUUACUGAUUUUUCUCAGGAAAAGAUAGUAGAAAAUUACUUGAAAUUAGGUUAUCUUAUCUCAGAGAAAUAAAACAAUCAGGAAAACCUUAAUGUUUAAUUAUAGAAUUUCUUUUGGGAGCAAGUGAAAUCAUUUUAUUAAUGACAGUGUUGAGGAAUCCCCAAAGGCCCAAAAUAUCUUUUGCAAGUCUCAGAAAAACAAAUAGAGAUUGUUUCUUCUGUGGAUUCUCUUC